UGAGAGCUUAUGGGUCUACUUCUUUCGCAGCCGCGGCUCAGCCGGUAGCCGCCGGCAGAACCCGGCACGUCACUCGAUUCAGAAAUCUUGUGCAGCCGGAAAUGCGCACGCAUCCUAUCCGUGAGCCGGGUUUGCCUGUGGCGGGAGAUAGGCAAAGGGGCUAACAAGAUGGCGGGCGUUGGUGCGGAAAGGACCUACACAUUCAAAGUCGUGGAUAAGAGGUCAAACACAAGCCAUCGAAUAAAUGUCAACAAGGAAGAUGCUGACAAAAUCCGGGCUGGUGACAAAGAAACCAUGGCAAGGCUAUGAGUAGAAUUGCCCAUGAGCGAAGUUGAAGAUGCUACAAGUAUUGAACAGAGUUCAUCAGGAUAUUCUACCAGUACAAGUAACAGUAGCACUACCUUGGACGAGUCUGGGUCCUAUGAUGACUUGCCAGACAUAGUAGACACCGAGCCUACUGCAACCCCUGCAAAUACCCCAACUCAACCCUGGAGUGAGGCCUCCGAAAAACUUAUAUUGUCAUUAUAUCAACAGAUAGAAGACAAAAAAAUCCCAACCAAGGGUAAAUGGAAAGUAAUUUGUAAUAAAAUGCAGGAAAAAGGAUAUUAUUACACAUCAGAACAGUGUCGCCUUAAAGUCAAGGCACUCAAAGAGAGGCAUCUGAAGCUACAGAGGAACAAAAGUGGUGAGGGGGCACCAGAGGACAAACUGGAAGAUUUCAUGGAAAAUAUAUUUAGUGGACAGGCAGAUGUUCAUCCAGAGAUAGUUCUUGAUUCAGAAAAUAAAGAAGACCAAAAUACUCCGGCAGCAGCAGCAAGCGACACUUUCUCCGAUUCAACUCCUGAGCUGCCAAAAGCAAAACGUCGAAGAUCGGGAGUCCAGGAAAUGAUGGACUACCUCCAAGAACAAGACAAAGCAGCGGAAAGGAGGCACCACGAAAGAUUAGAUUUGGUCAAGGAACUUAUUUCUGUGUUCAAAUCAAAAUAGUUUUGAAUAUUAUUCCUGAUUCAUGUGAAUAAUACAUGUUCAAAAGACUUUAUUUCAAUUUUAUUUCAACAGGAACAUUUAACAUGUUUAAGUAAACAUUUGUAAAGGUCCUGGAGAACAUUUUGCUGGUUUCGCAAGCUCGCCAGUCCCAAUCAAAAUAUUCAACAAUUGGCUUGGACAAUAAAUAAUGUUAACCAGCUGAGCCCCUUUUGAUCCCUUGGGACAUUUUGUUUUGUUUUUUUAUUUUGUUAGAUUCACUUGAAGCACAUUGUACUAUUAUCCAAACUUUUAUAAUUGUGAGUUAUUAAAAGUUCAUA